AUGCGCUUCUGCAUAGGGAAAUGUGCGGAGGUAAAGCACACUGGGGUUUAUAGCUAUCCAUACAUUAUCGCCGAUAUAUAUCCCUCUAGAUAUCUCUUGAAACAUCGUGGAAACCAAUAUAUCUACAAUAAUUAUAACCCAGAUUUGACAAUGAACACGGUUGAACCUUUGAGAUUUUACGACAGCAUCCUGCCGUACGCCAAAUGCACAGGCUCUAACUAUGAUAUAGGAUUUACUCAUGGAAAGGUUGGAGCCAAGCAGAUCAGGCAUUGUAUGAAAACCUACAAGAAUUUGUACAAAAUUGAUGGGGGUAUUGAAUGGCCAGACGCAAUUGCAAAAACACAACUGUUUGUGCCUGUUUUGAAAGAAAAAUGCCCCGACUUAUACGAGGAACUCCAAGGAGUUGCUGAUGGAUCAGGUUUCUCACUGGAAGACGUUGUAGCUUUAAACUGCAGAUCCGAAAUUUGUUUGACCACACACACAGAUGGCUGCACAUCUGUCUCGCAGAUCAACCCUGAUAACGGUGAUUUGUUCAUUGCACAAAACUGGGACUGGGUCGGGGAGAUUGUCGAUGGGUUGAUGAUUCUCGAUAUCGAGAAAGAGGGCAAGCCUAGAAUGAUCAUGGUAGCCGAAGCGGGAAUCAUUGGAAAAUACGGGUUCAAUUCCUCCGGCCUGGGUCUCGUGAUGAAUGCCAUAAUGUCAACGGCUUCGGAUUUUUCUCACUUGCCAAUCCACCUCGCCAUCAGAAAGUGCCUUGAGUGCGAAACGUUUGAGGAGGCGUAUUCGAGCCUACAGGAUAACGGGGUUGCAUCCUGUGUCAAUCUCAUGAUUGCUGACAAAUCUGGGAAAUUUGGUACAAUUGAGUGUUCUCCAGUUGGAUUUGUGCCUAUUCAACCGGUUGAUGGUCAAUCUUUCCACACCAACCAUUUAUUUGGUGAAACCAAGUUUGUGAAGGACUUCCCUCAGGACAACUCCAUUUUCAGACUCAACAGAGUAAAGGAACUAAGUGUUAGUGCGCCAGCAACUGCAAAUAGCAUUCGCGAGCGUUUGAGUGAUACUAAGAAUGCCCCAUAUUCUAUAUGUGGCUUUCUAAAGCCGGGCACAGGAAUCGGCACAUUUGUGACCGUAGACACUAUCAUCGUUAACGUGAACACCGGUGUUGGCGAGUUGAGCAUUGGAAAGCCAUGCGACAAUCCAACAAGGUACAAGUUAUUUUUUGAGUAA